AAAAAAAAAAAAAAAAAAANGCCCUUUUUCCAAUCUGCUUCUCUGUUUCCGAGGCAGAGCUUCUUCCCGUUUCAACAGCAUGACAGAUAACCAACAAUCAAUAGUAGAAGAAGAGGGAACUUCUGAUAACCAACAAUCAAUACUGGAUGAAGAAGAAACUUCUGGUAAUGAACUUCCUUUAGCUAAUCUAAAACGCUGGGAAUGGUGGCUCUUUGUGUCACUCAACAUAUUUUUCCUCAUUGUGGGUCAAGCUGCUGCUGUUUUGCUAGGGAGAUUUUACUAUGAUCAGGGUGGGAGUAGUAAAUGGAUGGCAACUAUUGUUCAAACUGCUGCCUUCCCAAUUCUUUUUAUCCCCUUCUUCCUUAUCCGUUCCCCCAUGGAUACUUCUUCUUCCGCUAACCCACCAUCCGUGCUAAUUCUUUUGUUAAUCUAUUUUUCGCUUGGUUCCCUUAUGGCUCUUGAUAACUGGUUGUAUUCAGCUGGGCUGGUGUACCUUUCUGCCUCCACUUACUCACUUGUUUGUGCUAGCCAAUUAGCUUUCAAUGCAGUUUUCUCCUACUUCAUCAACUCCCAAAAGUUCACAAUUUUGAUUUUAAACUCUGUGAUUAUCCUUUCCUCGUCUUCUGCACUUUUAGCUGUCAACGAUGAUCCAGAACGUCCUGUUGGAGUCUCUAAGCCGAAAUAUUUCAUUGGAUUCAUUUGUUCCCUUGCAGCUUCAGCUUUAUAUGCUUUAAUCCUUUCUCUUAUGGAGCUUUCCUUUCAGAAGGUUAUGAAGAGGGAGACCUUUUCUGUGGUGUUGGAAAUGCAAAUCUAUACAUCUUUGGUUGCCACAAUUGUCUCUGUUUUAGCUCUUUUCGCUAGUGCUGAAUGGAAGAGUUUGCCUAAUGAAAUGGCAAGCUUUGGCAAGGGAACAGUUUCUUAUGUGUUGACUUUGGUCGGGACAGCUGUGGCUUGGCAGACAUGUUCGGUCGGCAUCGUUACCUUGAUUUUCGUCGUGUCGUCCCUCUUCUCCAAUGCUAUCAGUACUGUGUCCUUAGCCAUUACGCCCCUUGCAGCUCUUAUAGUUUUCCAUGACAAGAUGAAUGGUGUGAAGAUCAUUGCUUUGUUUCUCGCCAUAUGGGGUUUUUUUACUUAUUUAUAUCAAAGCUAUAUUGAUGAAUCCAAGGUACAAAGAAGGCUAAACAAAACUAAUGAACCCCGUGAUGAGAGGUUCCUUUGUUGAUAUACACAUCUUAUGCAACCUGCGGACAAAGUCUUCACGGUUCACAGGUAUGUUACACUGUAUUUUGUUCUAAGUUUAUUAGAUAAGACCAUUCAUUUGGUAUAAAAAUCUUGGAAGUAAACAGGUUAGUCUUGAAUUAUUACUCUUCUGUGGCACUCAUGAUGUCCCAUAAUUUACUUAGUUUCAUGGCAGUAUGAAAAGUUACGAAUUUGUGGCU